UGAGAGAAAGAGUAUAUAUUUAUAUUGUUAUUUCUUUCGGGACAGUUUCACUACUACUGGAAGUUAAUUAACAACUAUAUGCGAUUAAAUUGUUUGAUUAUGGAGUUGUUUCUAACGAGUAGUAAAGGUGAGAUGAUAGUUUGAUGGAGAGGCGGAUCUCAGAAGAAAUAUUGAGCCGUUUACAAGUGUUUAUCAGUGCUUACAUGAUAGUGACAGGCUCAACUUUAAAGAAAUUUAUUAGUGCAAAAGAACAAGAUCCCAUUAACCCGAUGACAACUAGUGUUAAGCAUCAUGUCAACAGAGGAAGUUCAAACGGCAAUUAGAUUUCAACAAGAGCAAGGAUGGUUUGUUUUUGGUGGUGAUUUUGCGCUUCUUAAGGAAUUUUUAUCUAGAAAAAGAACAAAUUUAUGGAUUCCUUUGCAGUUUCUAGAUUAUUUGUUAAGAGGUUUCGGAGCGGUCACUUUGGCAAAUAAUCCAAUAAGUGGUUUAUUUAUUGUUAUUGCUUUAGCUGUCAAUUCUCCUGGAAUAUUGAUUUUCAGUGCAACUACAGGACUUUUAGGAUUAUUAUUCUCUAUAUUAAUUGGAGAACCAUCGGAAAAAAUUGAGAAUGGUCUCACUGUUUUUAAUCCUUUGUUAGUGGGAGCAUUGGCUUAUGUAUUUAUUCCCAAACUAUACGGACCCUUUGACGCCUUUUGCUUAUUGUUUCUAUUUUUUUGUACAAUUUUCAGUGUCUAUUUAUCGAGAUCGAUAGGAAUUGGAAAAUUACCAAGUUUAACAUAUCCAUUCGUUAUUGCGGAAUUUAUGUUAUUAUUUAUUCUUAAACAUCACAAUAGUGGAUUUAAAUUGGAAGAAUUUUCAUUCAAUGGAACAAUUAACAAUGGAGCAGGCAACAUGACAAUAGAAGACACGGGCACUAUUGUUGGAAAAGAGGAUACUGUCAGCCCAGAAUGGGGAAUGAUUUUCCGUGGUGUUGUGACGUCAGCAUCACAGGUGUUUGCGGUCGAUGAUGUUGCUGUUGGUUCAGUCGUUUAUCUUGCAAUUUUAAUUUAUUCACCAAUUACAACAGUCUUUUCGCUCGCUGGUGCAUUAAUUUCCAGCCUUCUGGGUUUGCAACUCAAUGUGCCAGUGGAAUUAAUUUAUUCUGGUGUUUGGGGUUUUAAUGGCAUUCUAACUGGAGCCGCAUUGGGAGGACAUUUUCUUAUAAUCAAUCAGUAUUCCUGUAUGGCGACAAUUGUCGCCAUAGCAUUCACUUCUACCUUGCAGUUCAUUAUUUACAAUAUUUUGGACCAGUUUCAACUCCCGUUUCUAGCGAUGCCCUUUGUUUUAACAACUUGGCUAUUUUUAUGUUUGGCAAAUUCAACCGAAGAUACAUUCAUUUAUUGUCAGCAUCCAUCUUAUCCGGAAAAACAACGUCAGGAAUUUUACCAAAGUCGAGUAAAUCAAAGGGAGAGAGUGAUUGAUGAAGAAUACGAUCCUGAAGCACUGUUAAAUGAUGGCAAAACAAUAACAAUUGUUUCGUAGACCGAAGUAUUUAUUACACAAAAAGCAAAUUCAAUUUUUCGAAAAUUUAGAAAGUGAUAUUUUAUAUAAGAGAAGCUAUAAAAGAGAAUAUAUUAUAAAAUUCAGAAAUUAUCUAUUGUUGGAGAAGAAGGGAAAUAUUUAUUCAAGAACAGGAAGAAGAGCUUUUCAACGUGUCAUUUAUGUGGAGUUGGCACGCAGUUGUGUUCAAAGAAGUAUGUAAAAGAUAUGCUUCUAACUACUCGAAAAAAGUGGUUUUCAGUUUUCCACGUUUACAAUACAUUUUUUUGAAAAAAGAGACGACUAACAAAAAAUUCGAAUUAAUGUUAAUAAUAAUAGAAAAUUAUAUUAUAAUAAUUUUCAAAUAAUCAGUUUAUAAUAUAGUUGA